CUUUUCUGAAUUGCAAACAAUUUAUUCUAAAUGGUACAUACUUCUCAAAGUAGAGUUCCCUUUUAUCACUAAUUUGUAAAAUUCUAUUUGUUUUGUUUAUUCUUUGAUCUUUUGGAACGAAAAACGCGCACGUUAAAGAAUCGACGCGUAAAACUUGUUCAUGUCAUCCUUGGGUAUGUCUCGUUGCCAUAUUCUCUCCCAAAACAACUAUGAAAAACAAUUUAAUCAUGAGAACACUUUGUUUCAGUAAUUGGAUUCUUGUUCAUAAGCAUGAUUUCUCAAAUUUCAGACGCGGAUUCUUCGAAUGAUCUUUUAUCUAAUUCAAUUUCCUUUCAAUUGACUCGCCUCUCUUCUUUUUUUUUCUUUUUUGUUUUUCCUUCUUUUUGUUAGAAGCGCCUUACAUACUAUUUUUCCAUACCCUUUCUUUCCUCAUGCCCGGCCGACCAAAUAUCGAAUUCAGAAAUACUAUAACCUCGCUAAGAAAAUUCCACAAUACAUCUUACUCGGUUCUUAAUUGUACUGCUUAAUAUAAAGUGAACGUUUUGGGGAUUUCCCAGCUUACACAAGGCCGGUAUACGUCACCUUGAACACAUCAAGACCUAAAGACCUAUUCUCUUCCUUUGCGAUCGGUGUUUCUCUUAUAUCAUGGAAUGUAAAAUCAAAUGCGAUCUACGUAAGUAGUAUACGUAGUAGACCAUGAAGAAAAAUAAAAGCAAGCAACGUAUGAUGAUGUUGUGGUGAAGUAUACUAGUUAGAAACAAGAAUGUUUUCGAUUAUCCGAUGGCCUUUAAGUAUAUAUAGGCCCCGCUCCCAUAGCCGGGGGGCUCUGCAAAAGACAAUUGCAUCAGAUUUUGCAUUCUUUCGUUGUCGAUUUGAUUUAUUCAUACACUGGUCCUUGUUAGUUAUUGUUUUUAUUGCCAGCUUAUUAUCUUAAAACGUUUGUCAAGGGUUUAUCAUUGUUUGUUUUCCUUUUUGAUCAAUUUUAACAAACGUUUGUACAGUUCUUGUUCUCGUCUUUUGUUGUUAUACAUUUAGAUCGCAACAAAACGUUUCCGUGCGAUUCACGACUUUUCACAUAACGAAUUUUUUGUUACGACUUCUUUAGACCUGCUAUUACUUAUAUUUUGGGUUUACUGAUUGAUUUCUAUUUAUUUACGAUUUCCAACGGUUAACGAUUUUCUUUUAUUAAACUUAUUAUUAUUAUCCCAUUUUUGUGUCCAAUAUGAGUGCUGACGAUAUCCCCAAUGCAUCCCCUGAAGCUUUGUCAAAGCAAGUUGAAAUUGCUGAAAAACAACCUUUUCCUCCUAGCAUGCCUUCUCGUCUUCCUCAUGAGUUAUCUUGUCUUUAUGUUCCCCUCGAUACCUCAAAUAUUUCGGACGAUGAAGUCGCUGCCGUCGAUCGCUACCAGCGAGCAUGCGACUACUUGGCUUGCUCUUUAAUUUUCCUCUCCAAGGACAUUUAUACUGGUGGUGACCUUACCGAGGAUGACGUCAAGACUCGACUCCUGGGCCACUGGGGUACUUGUCCCGGCUUAAGUAUCGCCUACUCUCAUUGCAACCGUGUGAUUAAUAAAUAUGACUUGGAUAUGAUCUUCGUCGUUGGUCCUGGCCAUGGUGCCCCAGCCAUCUUGGCAGCUUUGUUUUUGGAAGACUCACUUGGUCCCUUCUAUCCUCAGUACCAAUUUAAUCGCGAAGGUCUUAAAAACUUGAUAAGUACCUUUUCCUUACCUGGUGGUUUCCCUUCACACGUAAAUGCCGAAUGUCCUGGCUCUAUCCACGAGGGUGGUGAAUUAGGUUAUGCUUUAUCUGUUAGUUAUGGUGCUGUUCAGGAUCACCCUGACUUGAUCGUAACUUGUGUUAUAGGCGAUGGCGAAGCUGAAAGUGGUCCUAUGGCCGGCUCAUGGCAAACUCACAAGUUUUUGGAUCCUGCCGAGUCUGGUGCUGUCAUACCCAUUUUGAGUUUGAACGGUUACAAGAUUUCUGAGCGUACUAUCUAUGGUUGUAUGGAUGAUUUUGAACUAUUGGCUCUUUUCAGUGGUUUCGGUUACCAAGUUGCUAUUGUCAACUAUACUGAUCAAUUCAAUCGUGAAAUGGCUGCAGCCAUGGACUGGGCCGUUGAAACUAUCCGUGAUAUUCAACACCAUGCUCGCGUGAAACGUGAACUAAUUAAGCCUAGAUGGCCUAUGAUUAUCCUUCGCUCUCCCAAGGGCAAAGGUUGCCCUAAAACUUUGAAGGGCACAUUUUUGGAAGGAACCUACCAUGCUCAUCAAGUUCCUUUGAAGGCCGCUCGAACCGAUCCUACUCAGCGUAAGAUGCUUAAAGAUUGGCUAUCGAGCUAUCGCUUUGAUGAAUUCUUGGACGAGGAGGGACUUCCAACUAGGGGAAUUCGCGAGUAUAUUCCUCGUGUUAAUAAGCGUAUGGGUCAACGCCAUGAAACUUAUAAUGCAUACACACCAUUAAAUGUAACCGACUGGAAGAAAUUCGGUGUACCCAAAGGUGAAAAGACAUCAGCUACUCAGGUUGUUGGUAGAUAUAUGGGCGAACUUGUACGCGCGAACAAUACCACCUUACGUAUCUUCUCUCCCGAUGAACUAGAGAGUAACAAACUUGAUGGAGUCUUGCAAUAUACUGAUCGCACUAUGCAAACUGACCCAACAUUGAUGACCAAGGGUGGCCGUGUCACAGAAGUCCUUUCCGAGCACAUUUGCCAAGGUCUCAUGCAAGGUUACACCCUUACUGGUCGUACUGCGAUCUUCCCCUCAUACGAGGCCUUCAUGACAAUUGUCGUUAGUAUGUUAAUUCAAUACAGCAAGUUUAUCAAGAUGGGCCUUGAAUUACCAUGGCAUGGAAAAUUUGGAAGUUUGAACUAUGUGACUUCCAGUACUUGGGCACGUCAAGAACACAAUGGAUACUCUCAUCAAUCACCAAGAUUUAUCACUACCAUGCUCUCCUUCAAACCCGGCAUUAGUCGUGUUUACUUCCCAGCUGAUGCAAACUGUUUCUUGGCUACGAUGGCCAGAUGCAUGCGUUCCGAGAACACCAUUAACUUGAUGGUUUCUAGUAAGAAUCCUCAACCAAGUUAUCUUUCUAUUGAAGAAGCUGAAGCACACUGCACUGCUGGUGCUAGUGUUUGGAAAUUCUGCAGUACUGACAAUGGCGUAAGUCCUGACGUCGUUUUAGUCGGUAUUGGUAAUGAAAUUAUGUUUGAGGUGGUUAAGGCUGCUGAAAUGUUGACGAACGAUAUCCCUAGCUUGCGGGUGCGUGUUGUUAACGUCACUGACCUUAUGGUGCUUUCCAGUUUGCAUCCUCACGGAAUGACUCAACUUGAAUUCGACGCCUUGUUCACGAAGAAUUGCCAUGUUCACUUUAACUACCACGGUUAUGUCAUGGACUUGAAGAGCUUGCUUUUUGACCGCAUUGAACCCUCUCGUGUUACCAUGAAUGGAUACCAGGAAGAAGGUACUACAACCACUCCUUUCACCAUGAUGAUGGUUAACAACACUUCACGCUAUGAUGUUGCUAGACAAGCAUUGCAACACUCUCUUCACAACCCUGUUGUCGCCGUAAACUGCCAUAAUUUGAGUUCCAAUUACUCUCAUAAGAUGGAUGAAAUCAAGGACUAUAUAUUCAAGUACAAGGACGAUCCUCCGGAGACUUAUGAUGUUCCUGACUUUAAGGAUAAGCGCACCAUUUAGACUGAAUAACUGUUGUUGACAGAAAAAGAAAGGAGCUCUUUCGAUAUGCAAAGUCAAGAAGUCAUCAUUUUUGAAAAUAGAUAAUAUAGUGCUAAUAACAUUGGUUUUACACUAGA